AUGCAACAAGAAAUCCCAUCGACGACGCUUUCGGCGUCGACUCCCAAGCACCCGCAGCGAGCUUGGUGGAAGGAGUCGACUGUGUAUCAGAUCUACCCCACCUCCUUCAAGGAUUCCAACGGUGAUGGAAUCGGAGAUAUCCCCGGCAUCAUCUCCAAGCUGGACUACAUCCAAGCGUUGGGUGUCGACAUUGUCUGGUUGUGUCCCAUCUACAAGUCCCCGCAAGUGGACAUGGGCUACGAUAUUGCCGACUACAAGGCCAUACACGAGCCAUUUGGCAAACUGUCUGACGUAGACGACCUUAUCGCGGGGCUACAUGCCCGAGGCAUCAAAUUCCUCAUGGACCUCGUAGUCAAUCAUACUUCUGACCAGCACGAAUGGUUCAAAUCCGCAAAAGCUUCAAAGGAUAGCCCUUACAGAAAUUUCUACAUAUGGAAAAAACCACGUUAUGAUGCUCAAGGGAACAGGCAUCCGCCAAACAAUUGGAGCUCGUACUUCUCUGGUAGUGCAUGGGAAUAUGAUGAAGCCAGCGACGAAUAUUACUUGCAUCUGUUUGCCACAGAGCAGCCGGACUUGAACUGGGAGUACCCGCCAGUGCGCGCAGCGGUGCAUGAGAUUAUGAGAUUCUGGCUCGACCGGGGUGUUGACGGAUUCCGUAUGGAUGUUAUUAAUCUUAUCAGCAAAGAUCAGAAUUUCCCCGACGCUCCGAUUACCAUUCCGGGCAACAAAUAUCAGCAUGGAAGCAUGUACUACGCCUGUGGGCCACGUUUGCACGAGUGGCUUCAGGAAGUUGGGAGUAUCCUUAAGGAAUAUGAUGCUUUCUCCGUCGGCGAGAUGCCCUUUGUGGGCGAUUGCACGGAAAUCCUGCGCAGCGUGGGAUCUGACAGAGGCGAGCUGAACAUGAUCUUCCAGUUUGAAAUGGUUGAUAUUGAUCACGGCCCCAGUGGAAAGUUCUCGCCAAGAAAAUGGCCGUUGGCCGACAUGAAGUCCAUUGUCAAUAAAUGGCAGACCUUCAUGUACGAGAACGAUGGCUGGAACGCUUUGUAUAUCGAGAAUCACGAUCAGAGUCGGACAGUCUCGAGAUUUGCAUCCGACAAGCCUCAGUUGCGAACAACGGCUGCAAAGAUGUUAGCGCAUUUUAUUGCUUUCCAGGCGGGCACACUUUUCGUGUAUCAAGGUCAGGAGCUCGGUAUGAAAAAUGUUCCAGAGUCGUGGCCGAUAGAAGAAUACCGAGACCUCGAAACGCUGAACCACUGGAAUGAGCUUCUCGAAUUGUUUCCCAACGACAUCGAGCUUCAAAAGCUUACCAGAACGCAAUACCAGCUCAAGUCUAGAGACAAUGCACGCACUCCUAUUCAAUGGAACGCUUCAAAGCACGCCGGUUUCACUUCCGGACAACCCUGGAUGCGAGUUAAUGACGACUAUCCGCAAGUCAAUGCCGAGGCACAAGUGGGAGUCAAGGGGAGUGUUUUCAGUCACUGGGCAGAAGUGCUCCAACUGCGCAAAGAGUACAAGGACAUCUUCAUCUAUGGCAAUUUCCGCCUUCUCACUGCGGAAGAUGAGCAAGUGUUUGCAUACAGCCGCGCGUACGAAGGCCGAGGAGCCGCAGUGGUAUGCAAUUUCUCAGAUACAGACGUCAAGUGGACCCCUCCUGCGGAGACGAAGCUGGUUGAAGAGGCUAUUCUUCUAUCAAAUUACACUGGCUUGCAUAAAGACAGCGAAGGCAGGAUCCUUCUGCGGCCGUUCGAAUCAUUCGUUUGCCUUCAUUCCGAUCGCUAUCCAGCAUCCAAGAUUUGAUUUGAUUUAUAAAGGCUAUAGUUGGCGCCAAGGUUAUAGAUGGCUAUGUAUCGGAUAUCAUCGUACAAAAAUAUUGAAACAGAAUGCAAAACAUCGAUGUGUCGUUACAUGGAAUGAAUUUCGCAGAAAAGGGAAAACAUAUGAGAAACGAUCAUAGUUUGUUUUCAUGCUGAGAAGAAAGAAACCUGUUGCAGGUCAGGAAAUGGAAGAUUCGGGAUACUGACCUUUUUUCAAGGUCAACGCCAGUAUGAUCUAAAGAUUGUAGAGCAGCACUGGACUGUAUCAAAUUAUUGAGCUUUGCAAGCCUCAAUGCAUCUCACUUCAGCAGGGAUCUAUGUAGCAGGCCAAAUCUCAGGAUGGCCUGCCCUCUCUCAUUCGUCACGGAUUUAUUCACGUGUGCGAG